GAUCUUCAGUGAACAGCCGCGCGUGAGGCCACAUCAUCGCUGCAGCAUGAGACCCGUCUGACUUUGGCCAUGAUGGAUCCAUAUCGAGUUUCCACCCCCUUCUGUUUCAUCAUCGUUUAUCUGCUCGGAGCGACGCGUCUCUCCAGCUGUGCUAAUUGCUCAUGUCCAAAAAUUCCUCCAAAGAAUUUUACUUUACCAAAAGAUGGCUGCUUCAACAGUGGAGAUACUUAUCGUUACCAGUGUAUUCAAGGCUAUACAAAUAAAGCAGGAACAUCAACUCGCAUUAAGUGUGAGGAGCAGGAUGGUGUUUUGAACUGGUCGAAACCUUCACUUGUGUGUAUACCCAAGCCAGGAUAUAAACCACAGCCAACAACCAGCCAAGCUAAUUGCUCAUGUCCAGAAAUUCCUCCAAAGAAUUUUACUUUACCAAAAGAUGGCUGCUUCAACAGUGGAGAUGCUUAUCGUUACCAGUGUAUUCCAGGCUAUACAAAUAAAGCAGGAACAUCAACUCGCAUUAAGUGUGAGGAGCAGGACGGUGUUUUGAACUGGUCGAAACCUUCACUUGUGUGUAUACCCAAGCCAGGAUAUAAACCACAGCCAACAACCAGCCAAGAGGAACCAAACUUUAAACCAACUCCAACAAGUGCUUCAGAAACUUCCACCAACCAGAGUGUUAGAGGCUCUACUGAAGCUUCGAACUGCAUCUCCAGGCCGGAAACAUUGCGAGUCGCCAUCUGUUUACCUCUGGCGGUCCUAUUUGCUGUCAUGACUGGCAUCAUCAUCUUAAUGUAUAAAAGGAGAAACAAGCCGAUUCUCUCCAAAGACGCUGAGGAACUGGAGCCAAUGAAGUGCUGAGUCAUGACAGACACCACAUGGCAUUAACAGGAAGGAAGAUCUGCCAGGAUGUACUUCAAUAUAAAUAUAACGUCUUUAAAGCCGUCCCCACUGCUUUUGGAAAUGCUUUUGCAAUCUUGUGUUUUAUAGCUAACCGACAUUAUUUGAACUAAAGGCAUGAUUAAAGAAAGAGACUAUAAAAG